AUGGCUACUCGUCGCUCGUCGGCUUUCCUCUUCGCCGCCGCCGUCCUCGCCUGCGCCUGCGCGCUCGGUGCUAUGGCGGCGCGCGACCUCGCUGAUCACCAGGCCAUGGUGGCCAAGCACGAGCAGUGGAUGGCCAAGUACGGCCGCGUCUACACGGACGCCGCCGAGAAGGCGCGGCGGCUCGAGGUGUUCAAGGCCAACGUCGCCCUCAUCGAGUCCGUCAACGCCGGGAACCACAAGUUCUGGCUCGAGGCCAACCAGUUCGCCGACCUCACCGACGACGAGUUCAGGGCCACCCGGACCGGUUACAAGCCGGCCAGCGGCAAGGGCCGGAGGACGACGACGGGGUUCAGGUACGCCAACGUCAGCCUCGAUGACAUCCCGGAUUCCGUGGACUGGAGGGCCAAGGGCGCCGUCACGCCCAUCAAGGACCAAGGCGAAUGCGGGUGCUGCUGGGCGUUCUCGACGGUGGCGUCCAUGGAGGGCAUCGUGAAGCUGAGCACGGGGAAGCUGAUCUCCCUGUCGGAGCAGGAGCUCGUGGACUGCGACGUCAACGGCAUGGACCAGGGCUGCAAUGGCGGGGAGAUGGACGACGCCUUCCAGUUCAUCAUCGACAACGGCGGCCUGACCACCGAGAGCAACUACCCGUACACCGCCUCCGACGGCACCUGCGACUCCAGCAAGGCGUCCAACGACGCCGCGUCCAUCAAGGGGUACGAGGACGUGCCGGCCAACGACGAGGCAUCCCUGCGCAAGGCGGUGGCCAACCAGCCGGUGUCGGUCGCCGUCGACGGAGGGGACUCCCACUUCCGGUUCUACAAGGGCGGCGUCCUCUCCGGCACGUGCGGCACCGAGCUCGACCACGGGAUCGCCGCCGUCGGGUACGGCGUGGCGAGCGACGGGACCAAGUACUGGAUCAUGAAGAACUCGUGGGGCACGUCGUGGGGUGAGGGCGGCUACAUCCGGAUGGAGAGGGACAUCGCCGACGAGGGGGGCUUGUGCGGCCUCGCCAUGCAGCCUUCCUACCCGACAGCAUAG